ACUGCAAAAAGAACAAAAUAAUAAUUAGGGAUAUUUUUUAAACAACUUCUUUUGGUUUAACAAAUAAAUACAUAUCAAUCUAACCCUAAUCUCUAAAAUGCUCAAUCGACAGGCACAAUCACAUGCCUAUUUUGUGCCAGACACUCUGCUAGAUUCAAAUACAACUCAGAUCUUAGUUAUAUCAUUUCACAGAAUUAAAGAUUUUAAUAUAAGAAAAUUUAAGGAAAAAUGGGACUUAUGUAUAUUCUGUUUUUCUGUACUUUGUUCUGUUUAUAUUCCUAUGUUAUUUCAACAGUAGUAAUGCAUAACUUUCCCACAAGCUUCAUUCUUUCAUGUAGAGAAAAAGGUGAUAAAAUUUUCCUGAAAUAAAGCAUUUUCUUACAAAUAUGUACUUCACUUUAAAUGUUUAUUUACAUAUUAUUAACACUAUGUAAGUUAUAGGAGAGCUUCAGGUUCUCCAUACCAAUUUUUUUGUUUUGUUUUUUUCUUUUUCCAUAUCCAAAUUUUAACCCAAAAUAUUACCAAAUAGAGUAAACCUUUGCUGAGCUUCUUAGGAAAGACAAAAGAUGCCUGCAAUAACUUGGUCUUCAGAUCAUACCAAAAGUACCAUCUUAGUAUGCCAUUAACAUAUAAGAAGAUCCUGAAAUGCAUGUAUGUCACAUGUACCUUUUCUUUCCGUUUUCUGUGACAUCACCUGGGAAUAUCCAGAAGAUUGGAUAAUCAAGAAAUGACUAAUCAAGAGUCUGCUGUACAUGUGAAAAUGAUGCCAGAAUUCCAGAAAAGUUCAGUUCGCAUCAAGAACCCUACAAGAGUAGAAGAAAUUAUCUGUGGUCUUAUAAAAGGAGGAGCUGCCAAACUUCAGGUAAUAACAGACUUUGACAUGACACUAAGUAGAUUUUCCUACAAAGGGAAAAAAUGUCCAACAUGUCAUAAUGUCAUUGACAACUGUAAACUGGUGACAGAUGAAUGUCGACAAAAGUUACUACAACUAAAGGAAAAAUAUUAUGCUAUUGAAGUUGAUCCUGUUCUUACUAUGGAAGAGAAAUACCCUUAUAUGGUAGAAUGGUAUACUAAGUCACAUGGUUUGCUUGUUGAACAAGCUUUACCAAAAGCUAAACUUAAAGAAAUUGUGGAAGAGUCAGAUGUUAUGCUCAAGGAAGGAUAUGAAAAUUUCUUUGAUAAGCUCCAACAGCACAGUGUCCCUGUGUUCAUAUUUUCGGCUGGUAUUGGUGAUGUAUUAGAGGAAGUUAUCAGUCAAGCUGGUGUUUAUCAUCCAAAUGUCAAAGUAGUGUCCAACUUCAUGGAUUUUGAUACAAAUGGGGUGCUCAAGGGAUUUAAAGGAGAAUUAAUUCAUGUAUUUAACAAACAUGAUGGUGCCUUGAAGAACACAGACUAUUUCAAUCAACUAAAAGACAAUAGCAAUAUAAUUCUGCUGGGAGACUCCCAAGGAGACUUAAGAAUGGCCGAUGGAGUAGCCAAUGUUGAACACAUUCUGAAAAUUGGAUAUCUAAAUGAUAGAGUGGAUGAGCUUUUAGAAAAGUACAUGGACUCUUAUGAUAUUGUUUUGGUAAAAGAUGAAUCAUUGGAGGUAGCCAACUCUAUCUUACAGAAGAUCCUAUAAACAGGCAUUCUUCUAGAAGACCUCUCUCCCAUGGGAGCAAUGAUGAAAGAACUGCUUGUGUUCAUGUUGCUGAAAGACUCUUAUUUAUAAUAUAUUCUUGCUCUUGAAUUUUUUCCUUUACAUUACUUAAAUAUUUUCAGACAUGUUGAAUCCAUGAACUGGAAGCUCCUUUUUCUUCACCUUUUUCAACACACUCCCCACCAUAUUUUUUUAAUAGAUUAAGAAAAAAAAAAUCUUAAAGCCAAAAUUAGAAAAAUAACUCCAUACUUUUCCAAAGCGGAUUUUGUAGUUUAAUUUUAUCAUGCAUUUUUCAAGGAGUCUUUUUACACUGGGAAAGUUUGUAAAAGUUAAAAAAGAAGUUUUAUGAAAUGGUCAAAUAAUAUGCAUGAUUUUUAAGUAUUACCAUUUUUGGAAUUUGGGUGAAUUAUGCUGAUGGUAUCUCUAUCACCAGAAACUGUGUUGUGUUUGGUUAUUUUGUUUGGGAAACAUCAAUAUUUACUAGAAAAGACUGGUACUUGGAAUUUGGUGAAAAAACUGUUGGUGUCCACAUGUCACUAGUCAUUACAAACUGUUCUGUAUUGAAGCACUGAUAAUAAACAUGAAAUGGAAAAUCUUUUUAA